AUGGCGCGCAAUUCGGAAAAAGCGCAGUCUAUGCUCUUUCGCUUUCGCGCUGCACAAGCCGCCGAAUCUGGUCUACUACCAAGCUCUUCACUCCGUCGCCCGAAAGCCCCCAGUACAGUCAGCACCAUCCCGCUCUGUGAGAAAUGGCGUGGACAAAUAUUGAAAGAAGUGUCGCGAAAAGUCACAAAGAUCCAGGACGAGAGUCUGUCGGACUUCCAAGUGCGAGAUCUUAACGACGAAAUCAAUAAACUCAUGAAGGAGAAAUGGGGAUGGGAGAGAAGAAUCAGAGAGCUUGGAGGGCCGAAUUAUAUGCGGGGCGGGGGCGCGGUGUUCGAUGAUCAAGGACGAGAAGUCCAGGGUGGUGGAAAGGGUUACAGGUAUUUUGGGCGGGCGAGGGAACUACCGGGUGUGAAAGAGAUGUUUAAAAGAGCUGCGAAGCGGCGAACACACGGAGACGAGGACGAUGACAAACCCCGAGCUGGCCAGGAUAUCAAUCGCAAAAAUCUGGAUGCAACCUAUUUCGGCUUUGGACUCGACGAAGAGGAUGGAACGCUGCUGAAAUAUGAACGGAGGAAAGAAAAGGAGGCCGUCGAGAGGAUUGCUCGUUCUGGCGAAGCCGAUCAAUCUGACGAGGAGUGGGAGCCUUUACCUGGAGAUGCAGGAGAUGGAGUACGAUGGCGACUGCCCACACUAGAAGAAGUUCAAGAUGAACUGGUCGACCGCAGACGACGGCAAUUGCUUGACAAGCUGGUUUAA